UUUUUAUGUUGGUUUUAAAGAAAGCUAAAAUUUCUUUCAACGCACAAUUGAUCAAAUUGUUUGAUUUAGUUUAUUUGUUAAAUAGUAUUGUAUUAUUCAAGUGUCUGCAUUAUUUAAGUGAAACUCUUACAUCAUUAAUGAAAGUUAAACACAAACGCACACACAUUCAGAUAUCAACUGAUCCCUCUUACAAUGCGGACUCUUGGUUUUCAUCAUCAUCAUCAUUCUCUUUUUCUCAACUUCAAUAAUUCCUUCCAAGUUGAAACUGGUUUAUCUUGAAUCAAAGAGAGAAUCUGGUUUGACUUAGGGUGUAACAUAUCAAUGCCCCUUACCUUUUUACUUUUGUACCUGCAACAACUAACCUCUUCUCUUCUUAUCGCUUUCUCCCUCCUACUUUAUCUUCCUCUUCUUUCUUAAACAUCUACUUCUCAUUUGUUGUGGAUCAAGAUGAUGAUUAUAAUUUUUAUAAGAUGAUGUGGUCACUUACCUAACCUGACCUCAGACAUUCUUUACCUGACAAUAUCUCUUCCGUCUAUUUAUUUAUUUAUUUAUUUAUUUUUAUACACAGAGAUUCCGUCUUCAACUUUAAUUUGCGUCUAUUUUGUGCUAUUUCACACUGGAUAUCAUUACAACUUAUCAAACUGGAUUCCAAAAUUGUAUCAUGUGGAUUUAAAACCUUUUAAAGUGUUCAAAAUGACCUCUGACUUUCUUAGCAUUGUUUUAUGAUGACUUGACGUUAUCAUUAUUUAUGUUCUGGUCAGAAACGUUUACUUCAUAAUUUUUUAUUCUCUGGUCAAGUUAUGUUAUUUUAAAUUUAAUUACCAUGGAUUAUCACAUCACCAAUCAAUUGGUUAUCCAUAGAAAUAUGUUAACAUGGCUAUCAUUUAAUAAACUUGUUUAUUUCAUCAGUGCCAUUUUAAUCACCUUUGGUCAAGUCGCCAAUGGACAAAAGGCCACUUUUUUACCUGGUGGAGAUAUGUUUGGCUUCACAAUCCCGGAAAGUACAAAAGUAGGAUCCGUUGUAUAUCAGCUGAAAGCUAGUAAUCCAGGUCGAGGUCGAUUAUCAUAUUAUAUAUCUGGAGAUUCAUUCAGUGUUGCCAAAGAUUCUGGUGCUGUAACGUUGAUUCGUCCUCUUGAUAGAGAAACUGAAUCUACAUUGGAUGUUAUCAUUACAAUUGUCGACGACUCAUCCACUGGAAGCACUCUAUCAAUUAAACGUGAAAUUAAAGUAGCUGAUGAUAAUGACAAUCAUCCUGUUUGGCAAGGCGCACCUUAUAAAUUUGCAAUCAGUGAAUCUACUAAAUUAUUCACCACCGUAAUUGAAGGAAUUCAAGUGACUGAUGCUGAUGCUGGAAGAAAUGCACAAAUUGAAGUUUCCUGUGACCAACGAGUUACUCCUGAAGCUUGUUCCAUGUUCAAUGUUCGUAGUUCACUAAUUAAUCAAGAUGGUGGACUUUAUUCAGUUUCCAUUAGUCUCAAAGGAAUUCCACUAAAUUAUGAGCUAACUUCUGUUUACAACUUAGCUUUAAUUGCUGUCGAUACUGGAGGAUUGCGUUCUUCAACAAAUGUUACUAUUGCGGUUGUUGAUGUUCAAGAUGAACCUCCUAAAUUUUUGAAUGGACCCUAUUCCAUAACUGUAAAUGAAUCAACACCUUCUGGAAGUUCAGUUUUAACAAUUAUUGUUCGUGAUGGAGAUAAUUCACCUUCUAUUCGUCGCGAUAUUCAAUUGGAAAUUGUUGAUGAUAAGAAAAAGUAUUUCACUCUAUCACGGAUAGAUAGUGAUUCUUGGUCACUAUUGACUUCGAAUAUCUUGAUGGAUCGAGAGGAUCCAGAAAUUCUUCUCGCAGGUGGUAUUUAUAGUUGCACUUUACGUGCCACUGAGUUGGUUCCAGUAACAGGGCAUUCAUCUGUAACUUUUGGUGCUAUCUCAUCGACCAAUGUCACUGUUGUCAUUCAAGAUAUCAAUGAUCAAGAGCCAAGAUUCAAUUUAGACAGAGUAAUGUUGGAAGUUUCGGAAGACAUUACUAAUGGAUCUGCUGUUCCAUCUCUCAACUUGAUUGUUUCUGAUCCAGACGCAGGCCAUAACGCAAAAUUUACCCUUUCCAUUGAAGAUCUUGAUGAAAAUAAUCCUGCUUCUCAGGUUUUCACGGUCUCACCUAGUCUAGCCAUGGGAAGAACUCCGGUUAUAUUAAAAGUUAUAAAUUCAGAUGGACUGGACUUUGAGAAUCCGACAAAACGAACCUUCCUUUUCAACAUAGUCGCAGCCCAAGAAAAUAUCAGAUCCGUCGCUUUCAUUAACUUGACCUUAGUAGACGCCAAUGAUAAUCAACCGAUUUUUAAUCAGGCAGAGUAUUUUGCCCGCGUCAAAGAAAAUGAAAACCCUGGUAAAAUUUUUUAUUCCAUCUCAGCAUACGAUGCUGAUUCUGGUGCAUUUGGACGAAUCACAUAUUCUUUAAAAGGUUUUGGGUCGGACAAAUUUUCUAUCGACUCAGAAUCAGGAGAAAUAUCUGUCGCGGAUUGCUCACCUGAAACUGCCAAAUCAUAUUCAGGCUCUGGAUUAAACAAAGAUAUUGAAUGUUUGGAUUACGAAGCUCAGCCUAGUUACUCUUUGCGUGUUGAAGCAACUGAUGGAGGUGGUAAAAGAUCCACAGCUAAUCUCCAUGUAGAAAUUGUUGAUAUCAAUGAUAAUGUGCCAAAAUUUCUUCGAGCUUUAUAUGUUCGAGAACUGAAUGAAAAAGACGUAACUAUUUAUCCACCUUUAAUCCUUCGUGCAACUGAUGAGGAUGGGCCAACUCAGGGUGGAACUAAUGGUAUUCGCUAUCGUGUCAAGUGGACAAAUUUAACAGGCUUGGCUAUCGACCCUAUUUCCGGUGAUGUUAAGUUGACUCAAUCAAUUCAUGCCAAUUUUACCCGCAACCGAGAAACCGGUUUGCGGAAAAAGCUUAAUUAUGAAGCAAUUAUUGAAGCAGUUGAUGGAGGAGAUCCGCCAUUAUCAGCUGAAGCUGUUAUACAAAUUUAUGUCCGGUCAGCGCGAGACGGAGAGCCUUUGUUCAUCAAUGAACCUUUCAACGCUACUGUUAAAGAAAAUGCUGAUCCUGGAACUGUAGUGAUAACUGUUAAAGCUACCGAUCCUGACGGUCCUGACUCUAAACUUAGAUAUUCACUAAUUGCAGGAGCCAAGGAUAAUUUCAUUAUUGACCCCAGUACUGGAGAAGUCAAAGUUAGCUCAGCGGCUAACCUUGAUCGUGAUCUCUAUGGUAAAGAGUAUAGUUUAACCGUUGCAGUCACCGAUUCAGGCCAUCCGAUUCCAUUGACAUCGACUGCUCAGUUAACUGUCAUCGUUGAAGAUGUUAAUAAUAAAGCACCAAAAUUUGGUAAAGAUGGAUACGUCAUUUAUUUAUCCGAUUCUCAAUUUGCUCCAGGAUAUGAGAUUAUGACUGCAAGAGCAACUGAUUCUGAUUCUAAUGCUAAAAUACGUUAUGAUCUUGAUCUUGAGAGAAUCAAAGUCCGUGACAAAACUGGAGCAUUAGUUGGUCGAUCAGAGUACUUCAAUAAUCUAUUAAAAAUUGAUCCUGUAACUGGAGUAAUUCGUGUCAAUGGCACUGUUGAUUCGGAGAAAGCUUCCAUAAUUGUUGUUCCUGUGGUCGCUCAUGAUAUCAAUGGUGAACCUGAUGAUCAAAAAGCAUUCACUGAUUUGACAAUAUACAUCCAAUCUCAUGGAGAGCGUAAUCCUAUUUUUAUCCCACCCUGGACUCCAUCUGAGCCAACUUAUGAAAUCAAUCUUCCAGAAGAGACACUUAUUGGCUCCACUGUUUUCACUUUAGCAGCACGGAAUCCAUUAACUGGUAAACCAAUCACUAAUUUCAAAAAAAUUGAUUCAACUGAUCCUGAAGGAUACUUCUCUGUCAACAAAUUGACGGGCGUAAUAACACUCAAUAAAAGGAUAGAUUAUGAAUCAUUGGUGGUUAAGCAAAUCAAGUUUUCAGUUGAAGCCGUUGGACAACCUGAUAAAAACACCGAAGAAUAUCUCGGUGGUGAAAAAUUCACGUCCAUUGCUAACAUAUUGGUCUCUGUAUCCGAUAUAAACGACAAUUCACCUGUUUUCCUGCAAGAUGUCUACCGUGCUUCUAUAAUAGAAACUGCUAAAUGGCCUCAGAUUGUACUGACUGUUUCAGCUACGGAUCGUGACUCUGGUAGUUUUGGCGAGAUUGGUUAUUCGUUGUCUGGUGAUGGUUCGGAUAUGUUUGAGAUUGGAAAUCGAAGUGGCAUAUUGAGGAUAAGACAAGGGGCUAACCUUGAUCGUGAAAGUAAAGCAAACUACAAUCUACAAGUGACAGCUUUUGACAAUUUCCGUGAUAAUGAAGAUAGUAGUGAAGUGAAUGGUGAAAGAAAUUCAGCCACCAGUGAGACACGGUCAAAUGGAGGGUUCAGAGGAAUUGUUAGGAAGACAACAGUCUCCAUUACAAUUGAAUUAAUUGAUGUAAAUGAUAAUUCGCCAAAAUUUUCGCAUGAUUUGUAUGAAGUCAUUGUUCCAGAAAGUGCUCCUGUUGGUUCCCGGGCUGGUUCGGUAAUGGCUAUUGAUCCUGAUGAAGGAAGAAAUGGCGAGGUUCAUUAUGAAAUAUCAUUUCUUGAAAAUUUUCCUGAUCCAAGGGAAGAAUUAUUUAUAAUUGAUCGUUCAACUGGAGAACUGUUUGUUAAUAAAUCAUUAUCUGGUAAAGGAAGAUCAGAACCUUAUUUGAUACAUAUUACUGCCCGUGAUUCUGGAAGAGAACCAUUCACUUCACAUACUAAAUUUUCAAUUAUUAUCGGUGAUGUUGCCGCAAACGAUGGUAUACCAAAGUUUGUUAGGCCAACUGAAGAUGAGAUAAUUUAUCUUACUGAGAAUACCAAACCAGGAACUUUAGUUUACACAGUAUCUGCCGUUGAUGCAGAUAAUAACAAUAGUCCGAAUGGAAGAGUAAUGUACAAGUUUGCGGAGCCCUCGCCGUACUUUGACAUCGAUUCUACUCGCGGAACCAUCGUUACAUCAAGAAAUGUUGGUAAAACUGUGUUUCUUGACCGAGAAAAGCAAGAAAAUUUCACUUUAAUUCUAGUCGCCUUUGAUCUUGGAAAUCCACCUCAAGAAUCUCAAAGAAUCAUGAUUAUCCGAUUAAAUGACACAGACGACAAUACACCCCAUUUCAAUCGAGUUCCUGGUGAUUCUCCCAUGAUCUGGGAAAUUGAUGAAGAGAUUCCAGUCGGUUCUUUGGUUGGAACUUUAAAGGCCAUCGACGAUGACAUUGGACAAAAUGCAUUGAUAAACUAUUUUAUUAUCUAUGAAUCCAUAGAAGGAGCAAUCAUUAUAGAAACUCGUGAUAACAUGGGAUUAAUAAAGGUUGCUAAACGUUUAGACAGAGAAGAAAUUGAAUCAAUCAGUUUAGUCGUUCAAGCUCGACCGGCAUCAAAAUACAGGAAACUUGACCAGCGUAAAAGUUCAGCUUACAAUCCAAAUGAUCUUAGUCAAGUAGAAGUAAAAAUUAUUUUGAAAGACAUCGACGAUAAUCCACCUAAGUUCAACCAAGACUACUUUUUAACCGGCAUUCGCUGGGAUACUCCCGUCCAUAGUGACUUGCUAACUUUCAGUGCAAUAGAUCCAGACCCAUCCGAUAGUCUUGAUCGAGGUAACAUGAUUGAAUACUCGAUUAGCGAAGCAAAAUUUGUCAAUGGAAAUAAAAUCACUAAUAACAUGUCCCAUGUUUUUGAUCUCGGUCGGACAAACGGGAGACUACAAAAUGACAUGAUGCUUAAAUCAUUUGUUGGGGGAUAUUUCCUGCUCACAGUGCAAGCAAUUUCAACCAAUCCCGCCAAAAGUAAAGCAAAGCGUGAAUCUCGUCAAAUUUCAUCUGUGCCUGUUCGUAUAUUAAUUAUACGUGAGAAAGAUUUUGUCAAAUUUGUGUUCAACAAAAGUCCAAAUACUGUUGAGUCAAAUUUGAAUGAACUUAAAAAUGAUCUGGAAAAGGCUUUGGAACCAUUAAGCUUGAAAUGGUCAUUCAAUUUCCAGGAAGCACAUUUCCAUGAACGAAAAGACGGUUCUCUUGAUUUUGAGGCUACAUCUGCAUGUUUCCAAAUACUAGAUGCACCAAUCAACUUUUUAAAUGAUCCAGAAGCUCAACAUGGAGCUAUUGUUAGUUACAAAGACGCUCUGAAAUCUCUGAAAAAUAAUUCAUUUUCUCAAUUGAAACAAAUUUAUUCUAAUUAUGGAAUCGUUUCCAUCGAGGAAUGCAUAAAACCUUCAAGCCAACCGCUACUUUCCAGGCAACAGCUUGGAAUCGUUUUAGUUGCCAUAUUUAUUGCUUGUUGCACACUAUUAUUAACUCUCAUGGCCUUAAACAUGAGAUCUGAUCUUAAACGAAAAUUGAAUACUGUUUCUAAUUGUGUUGGGAUAGCCAGUCAAUCCCAAAUCGGUUCCAUGCUGGGCCCCCAUUUGGUGGUUCCAGGUCAACCUCCUUUUAAACCCGCUCCUUUUCUCAAUAUUCCCAACCAAGAAAGGAUCUAUGAAUGGCAAGAAACAAUGAACCCACAGUUGGACGCUUUAUCCGCUCGAAGUUUUCCCACGUUAAGGUGAUAAUUUAGUUACAUGGGAUUUGCAAUUUUCAUCUCACAUUUUCUGUACCCGCAAGGUUAUGGAUACUCAUCACUCUCAUCAUCAUUUUUAAAUUAUUGUUCAUUUUUUAGUGACAAAACCUUAUUUUAAAA